AUGCAAGCACGGCGCCCUCCGAGAUGCCGUCUUGCACGCAACUGCCAGGCCAUAUCGGCGGCUUCUGAGGGAAUAUGGAUCACCGACCGUGUUCUUGCCAAUGCCAUGGAGCGCUAUUUCUCCGUGUCUCAGGCAGUCAUGUCGCGGCGGCAAGCAAGCUCUGUACCCGGUCCAAUGGAGGCCCGUCGACGGCUGGGCAAGAGGCAGAUGACCGAGGCUUUUCAGGUGCACCCAUCGCCGCCCCCGUGGGCUUUUGAAUUUCCGAUGGACCUUUCGAAAUGGCGUUGGGAGCCACCUGCCCUAGGCAACAUCUUCCGAGAUCCAACACGCAAGGCUCCAUCCGAGAACCCGCCCCCAUCGACAGAACACAAGAAACCUCCAGAUAAACUGUUUCGUCUGCGUUCGGUGCCUGGCAGUCCCUCCCCAACUGUUGAUUUUACAGCAUACUUCGGCGCUCCUGCAACUGCGAUGAAGCCCCCUAGACCAUCAGCUACUUGGUCGCUCCCGAAUACAUACCAGCCCGCCCUGCCCGUCACAAUGGAUAUACCGAUGAGAAAGAAUCCCGAGCCUAUUAAUGUAUACGAUAUCAGUGGUUCUGAUAUACUGAAUAAGGACAAAAGAAGAGAGCGCUCUCUUAACUGGCCAACGAUUAUCGUCGACCAAAGCAGCCGGACGUCCGUUUUUCUGGAGGAUGUCUUGAGCCUCCAAACCGUCGUUUGCACCUUGUCGCAUGAGUCGGUGCACGAGAAAUUUCAGACCUGCACUGGUGCCUUUUCUGAUUACCUCAGACUCGGUCUUCUCUCACCUGCCGAGGCCCAGGUCGCCAUUGUUUACCUAGCGCAGGCGUUGCAAAGUUACGCCGACGUGUGCACGAAGCCGCAGAAAGCUCGCAGGCUAGCCAUUCACGUUUACUCUGCUCUGAUUCGAAGCGUUGUUGGCAACCAAGCCCUUCUACUGGAGUUGGAAGCAGGCAGCCUAGAUGGCUUCUGGGGCCCUAUUUUGGAAGGAAUUGGCAGAAUGGCAACCAAAGAGUUGGUAACACCAUAUGUCUUGUUGAGACAGGUCAUGAUGACAUCCGGAAUCAAGCAGACAGCACAUGUCUCCGCAAUCCUUAAGAAACUUGCAGCAUCAUGGGUUGAGGAGUCAGAGACCAGGAACGCCGUCACCAUGAAGAGAAACGAGAUCUCGAGCUAUUGGAAACUGCGUCUAUCAUCGGUUGCUGUACGGAAAAACCCUGGCAGGCAAGAUCCACUUGCUAUGACGGCACUUGUCGAGACUUGCUGCCAAGAAUUCGACUUUUAUCUGGCCAGAAUGUCCGCCUUAACGACAGACGGCUCGGUCGCAUCAUCACUUAAGCUUGUUGAAGAUGCAUCCAGAUCUUUGCAGGCUUCCGAGCGCGCUCUGAACUACGCACGUGUUGGCCUGUUGUCAUGUGUAGAUCAGUUGCGCGCCUGGAUGCUGGCCAACUCGAUACGGGAGUUUGACAAUGCAACCGUCGACAAGUUGGUACAAGCAUCCGAGAAAGCUAUUUGUGCCCGGGCAGAAACAUGUCCACAAGGCACCCGUAUUGCACUGCACGGGUGGCUUGCAGCACUCAGCCACAUGCCUCAGAUUCGACAAAAAUAUCUUCUCCAAGCCGCGGAUCGUGUGGGGAAGCUUGGUUGUGGACUCCCAACUGCUGAGCUGUACAUGUUGCUCCUGAAUAAAUGGUAUAGCCAGCGCAAGCUGACGAAUACUGCGGUGGCAUUGAUUGAGAAACGCAUGCGCCAAAGCACGGGAGAUAGCAGUGUUGGGCACCUACUGGAAGCUGUUGCUUACGUCGAGAAGGUUGCGCCGCACAGCCUUAGGGCUCCGCUCACAGUCUUUUACACUAGCAUCUGGACGACAGCACGGGUCGCUGGAGAUGAGAAGCACAUCAUUCCUGCCCUAGAGAGGCUGAGAAAGAAAGGGAGGGCUUUGAGGGACUCGUGCUUGAAUACACUAGCCCAUAUAGUGUCGACUGGGCAUCGCCCUGAGGCUACUCUUGGAGAUGAUAUGCGCGGCCUGAUUCUCGCGGCGGAUGAGCUUCAAGCUUCAAAGGCACGACAAGCUCCAACUCCCUCAGAAAGAGAUAUUAUAAGAAGAAUGGCAGAAUCCCAUAGACCCGGAGAUAUCUUUGCAGGCUUGGGUGUGCCUCUGGGUGGGCGUCAGUCUGAGUGGGUGGAGCGAAGCAUGCGCAUGCGCCGUGACCACCGGUUCCAGAUAUCUAGCCGAAAGGCGGCACUCAUCGCCGAGUGCAGCGUCGUCCUCAGCAAUCCAAGCCAUCCAAGGAGUACCGCGGCAUUCCGCUACGUGAACCAUUGUGUUCUCAUCCUCCUGCGAGACGGGCGCCACAGGGAAGAGUUGGCAUUGGCCAUUCAGUCUCUGUUUAGAGUGGCGACCAGAAAUCUACACCAGGGCCUCAAAGCGAACCCCGGGCGGCUCACCUGGGUCACAUGGCUAGUGGCGCAUCUAGAGGGCAGCGAUUCCGGCGAGAAAGUCCGACAGGCACUGCUGAGGUGGAUGAGCUACAACGACCACAACUGGAGGGAGUUUAACAAGACAGCCACAAGUAGCCACUGCGUCGUGGCGGAUGGUUAA